AUGGCGACUCUUGAGCUGUACACCAAGGGGGCGAGUGUGUGGGUCCCUGAUCCAGAAUCAGUUUGGGUUUCAGCUCAGCUCCUGCAGAACUUCAAACCUGGAGAGAAACAGCUUCUGCUGCGACUCCAUGAUGGAAAUGAGGUCCAUCACCCAGUGGGUUCUCUGUCUGACCUCCCCCUGCUGGGGAACCCUGACAUCCUGGAGGGUGAGAACGACCUGACAGCUCUCAGCUUUCUCCAUGAACCUGCUGUGCUGCACAACCUGCGGGUGCGCUUUCUGGACUACAGCAGCAUCUACACGUACUGUGGUAUCGUGUUAGUGGCCAUUAAUCCGUACGAGCAGCUGCCCAUAUACGGUGAGGAGGUGAUCGAUGCGUACAGCGGUCAGGACAUGGCUGACAUGGAGCCGCACAUCUUUUCUGUGGCGGAGGAAGCCUACCGCACCAUGACCAGAGAGGAGAAGAACCAGUCCAUCAUCAUCAGUGGGGAGUCUGGUUCAGGGAAAACGGUCUCAGCCAAAUUCACCAUGAGAUACUUUGCUGUGGUUGGAGGUGCAGCACAGCAGACCAGCGUGGAAGAGAGGGUCCUGGCUUCAAACCCCAUCAUGGAGUCUAUGGGAAAUGCUAAAACCACCCGAAAUGACAACAGCAGUCGUUUUGGGAAGUACAUUGAAAUUGGCUUUGGCAGGAAGGGGGACAUCAUCGGGGCCAACAUGAGAACUUAUCUGCUGGAAAAGUCAAGGGUCGUUUUCCAGGCGUCAUCAGAGAGAAACUACCACAUCUUCUAUCAGCUGUGUGCAUCCAGAGAUCUGCCUGAAAUGAGAGCACUCAGACUCAACGCACCGGGACAUUUCCGCUACACCAACCAGGGAGGGGACGAGCAGAUACCUGGCACUGAUGAUUUGUCUGACCUGGAGCACACUCGCAAUGCUUUCACCACUCUCGGUGUGCUUCCUGACCAGCAGAUGGAGCUCUUCAGGAUCAUUUCGGCUGUUCUUCACCUGGGAAAUGUUAACAUUCAAGCCAGUGGGAGGAGUUCGGACAGGAGUUACAUAGAUGCAGAGGACCACGCUCUGGCUGUGUUCUCCAAGCUGUUGGGAGUUGAAAGAUCUCAGAUGGCUCACUGGCUGUGCCACCGCAGACUCACAGUAGGAGGAGAGAUGCUGGUGAAACCUAUAACUGGUCAACAGGCUCAAGAAGCCAGAGACGCACUUGCAAAACACAUCUACGGCCAGCUGUUCAUAUGGACCGUCCAGAGGCUCAACUCUGCCCUGCGCAGCCAGAGGUCAAAGGCCAAAUCCUUUAUAGGGGUGCUGGAUAUCUACGGGUUUGAGACUUUUCAGUGGAACAGUUUCGAACAGUUCUGUAUAAACUAUGCAAAUGAGAAGCUUCAGCAGCAGUUUAACCGGCACGUGUUCCACUUGGAGCAGGAGGAGUACGUGCGUGAGGAGCUGGCCUGGAACAGGAUUGAAUUCAGCGACAACCAGCAGUGCAUCAACCUCAUCGAGGGGCAGCUGGGAAUGUUUGAUUUGUUAGAUGAGGAGUGCAGGAUGCCAAAAGGUUCAGAUGAAAGCUGGGUCCUCAAACUGUACGACCAACACCUGACCAGUAAACCCCACGCUCACUUCAAAAAACCUCGCAUGUCCAACAGCGCCUUCAUCAUUCUGCACUUCGCUGACACGGUGCAGUAUGAAUGCUCUGGCUUUUUGGACAAAAAUCGAGACACAGUCUUUGAGGAGCUCAUUAACAUUCUCAAAGCAAGUCAGUCUGAAUUGGUGGCUGAGUUGUUCCAGCUGCAGGGAAACGCUCCCUUCGUAGCCAAUGGGAGCGUUCGUUCAGGGAAAAGAGCAACCAGAGAACAUAAACUCACAGUAGGCUUCCAGUUCCGUCAAUCCUUACAGAUGUUAAUGGACACUCUUAACAGCACCACCCCUCACUACAUCCGCUGUAUUAAACCCAAUGACCUAAAAGAAGCUUUUAUGUUUGACCCUAAGAGGACUGUGCAGCAGCUGAGAGCAUGCGGAGUGCUGGAGACUAUUCGGAUCAGUGCUGCAGGUUAUCCAUCCAGAUGGACGUAUGAGGAGUUCUUCAGCAGGUACCGAAUUCUUCUUCGGGGGCCUCAAAACCAGGCCCAGGCCCAGGCUUUGUGCAGACGGUACCUGCCUGAGCUCAUUCCAGACGCAGAUCAGUACUGCUUUGGGAAGACCAAAGUAUUUUUCCGAGCAGGUCAGGUGGCGCUUCUAGAGAGGCUGAGGUCUGAGCGGCUGCGAGCGGCUGCUGUGAUCAUCCAAAGUCGAGUCAAAGGAUGGCUGGGACGGGUCAAAUACAGCAGGGUCCGCUGGGCAGCUGGAACCAUACAGCGGUUCAGCAGGGGAACUCUGGCCCGACGUUUGGCUCUGACGCUGCGCUACACCAAGGCUGCUCUGGUGCUCCAGAAGACCUUUCGUAUGCUGCUGGUCCGACGGCUUUUCCUCGUGAUCCGACAGGCCACCGUCACCAUCCAAGCCUUCACCAGGGGAACGCUGGCGCGCCGCAGACACAGUCAGCUGGUGGCAGAGAGGGCUGCUGUGCUGCUCCAGGCCAGAGUACGGGGGUGGCUGGCAAAGCGGGCGUACAGGCGUGUGCGUGCGGCGGUGGUGUUUAUGCAGUGCUGCGUGCGCCGUAAGGCCAGCAGGAGGGAGCUGCUGAAGCUGAAGGCUGAGGCUCGAUCAGUGGAGAGGUACAGGGAGCUCAACAAGGGCAUGGAGGUGAAACUGAUGCAGCUGCAGCUCAGAGUGGACCAGGAGGUAAGGCAGAGUGCUGCUCUGAAUGAGACCCUCAGUGCAGAACGAGAGGCUGCAAGCGUUGAGCUGGAGGCUCUGAGGUCGAUCAUACAGAAACUGGAGAACCAGAAACAGGAGAAGCUUCCUACUGGUCCAGUUGUCAGUGAGAAGGAGGUGGAGGAAAGAAGGAGAGCCGAGGAGAAAGCUGCCCAGAAGAUCCUUCGACUUACAGAGGAGCUACAAACGCUGCAAAAAGAAAAGGACGAUGUUUACAUCGAGAAAAUGGAUGUCUCUGCUCGUUUGCUCGAGCAAGAGAAAACCCAACAGGAGUGUGUGCGUCAGGCUGUGUUGCAGGCCAGUGCAGCUCUUCGCUCAGAGCUGGAUGAGGAAAAGAUGAAGUAUCAGGGUCUCCUGAAGGACUUCACCCGACUGGAGCAGAGAUACGACAACCUCAGGGAGAUGAGUCUGCUCUCAGAGCGUGGCAAAGGCCACCGGAGGACCGACUCCUCCCAGAGUUUGAUCUUCGAGCCUCUUUCUCCUUCUUCGACUCCACUGUCACCCCAGUCUCUCACCCCGCUCUCGCUGUCACCCUUCCCCUCUGCGUUUCCUUCCCCGGAGGCGGUACGGAGGAUCAGCGUGACGUCUCCCACUGAGGAGAGGAGACACUCGGUGUGGAGCUCAGACACACAGAUGGAGCAGCUCAUGGAGAAGAUGGAUGUUCCUAAGGACCCGGCGGUGAAGAUGAAAAGAGAAGACUUGGAACUAGCUUACGAUGCUGUUCGGGUAGCAAACAAGUUUCUGGAGCGUCAGCUCCGUCAGCAGCACCAUGGCUGGGAGGAAGAACUCAACGCUCUGAGGUCCCAGCUCAGUCAGGCCGCCAUGUGUUCCUCCUCUGCUGCACAGGCACAGGAUCUCUGGGAGCUGCUGGAAGCCAGAGAGCAGGAGUGUGUGAGGCUGAGGAGGGAGCUGAAGGAGUUAAAAACAACAGUGUCGCUCAGACGCCUCCUCUCACAUGUUUUUCCAUCAGCUUUGACCACAGAAGUGUGCUGCCCACCUCAGCUGAAACCUGCAGCAGUCAGCAGCUCGUUGGAGUGUAGGAAAAGAGAUGAAACCAAACUCAUCAAAAACCUCAUCACAGACAUCCGAGCUGAUGUCGCUCUGUCUCUGCCUCCUGGUCUGCCUGCCAGAAUCCUCUUUCUGUGUGUCCGUCAGGCCGACUGCAGCGGCGACCAAGGCCGAGCUCGCUCGCUCUGCAGCGCUGCCGUCACCGCCAUGAAGGCCGUUACCAAGAAACAUAUUAAUGACUUACACAUGACGGCACUGUGGCUUGAAAAUGUCUGUCUGUUGCACGACCUGCUGGUCCAACAUUCCCCAAAACAGAGCCUUGACCCAGAUGAGUUGGUUCCUUUGACCUUUGACCUGAGCGACUUGAUCCGCUCCCUGAGCGACCUGUGUAUCCAGUCCUAUCAGCAGCUGCUCUGCAUCACAGAGACACACCUACAAAAACUCAUAGUCCCAGCCUUGCUGGAGAGCGAGACCAUCGCAGGCCUGUCCAGCUCAGCUGUGAAAAUGGGAGUAUCCAGGAAGCGAGCAGGUUCAGAUCCCAAGCCGGUGGGAGCAGAAGCCCCCACCAUGGCUCCUGUGUUGAGGGAGCUUGGAGCCCUUCACACUGCCCUGCUCCAUCAGGCUCUGCCCCAGAGCCUGAUGGAGCAGGCCUUCAGGCAGCUCACCCACUUCAUCUGCGCCUGCACUCUCAACAACCUGCUGCUGAGGAAGGACAUGUGCUGCUGGAGCCGUGGCUUGCAAAUACGCUACAAUGUGAGCCUGCUGGAGGAAUGGCUGCGGAGCCGAGGUCUGCAGGCAGGGGGCAUCAUGACCACACUGGAGCCCCUCAUCCAAGCAGCUCAGCUGCUGCAGGUGGGGAAAAAGACUGACGCAGACGCUCAGGCCAUAGUUCACACCUGCACUGCCCUCUCCAGCAAACAGAUUGUGAAAAUUCUGACUCUCUACACGCCACAUAGUGGUCUUGAUGAAAAAGUAUCUUUGAAUUUCAUCCGCACGGUCCAGGAACUUUUGAGAGGCUGCUCUGACAGUCAGCCUCCGCAGCUCCUCGUGGAUGUGAGGAGAGCGUUUCCUGUCACAUUCCCCUACUCGCCUCCGCCCGUCGUCAGCGCUGAAGGAUUAGUCAUCCCAGAUUCCCUGAAGAUCUCUUUUCUACACAGAGCCUGAAAAACUGGAUGCAAAUAUUUACUCGUUUUAGCAAACUGAACU